AUGACAGAGAAGAGAGUGGGAAAUAAAAAAGCUCAAAGUCGUUUAAAAGGUGAGGUGACUGACAGCUCCGAUACGCAGGCGAAGCUUCCGGAAACUCUUCCACAGAUUAAUGUGGACGUACCGUUACCAGUAAAUGUUCAAAUAAAGCAGGGUCCACUGCAGGUGUCAGUGAUAGUCAGAUAUGACCCGACCAUACUACCAAUCCAACCCCCGCCGCCAACGUCACGGCCUGAACCAUCGGCCAAAUUGUCGAGUUCUACGUCUUCAUCGUCAUCGCCAUCGCCGCCACCACCACCACAGCAUUCGCGAUCGCCGCCACUGCUACCACAGUGUACACCGCUGGCAUUAGCGCUGCAGGUUUCAUUAGCAUUGCCUUCGACAUCCUAUUCACGUCAUACUCCACCGAUGCCGCGUACACAAGUCUCCUUGCCGUCCCGUCCUCCACCUAGCUCACCCACCUUAUCGUCGCAACAAACUGCGCCGCUCCAGCGUGCAUAA